AUGCUGCGCAAGAGUCUCUAUCCUGAUCAGUACCCAAAGAUGUGGGCAUAUCACGAAAAUGGAACGGUAAACCAUGGCACUCUACAAUCAAUGCACAUGGAUCACUGUAUCGACGUCCUUCGUCAGUCGACAAUGUGCGAAGCAGAUGUGACCCCCAUUCCAUUCGUCCGUAGCUAUUUCGGUUGUGGCGUUUUCCCCAACAUCAUAGCUACGCAUACAUGCCGAGACUUCGACGCCAUUGUCCAGUGGGCCAAGGAACGCGAAGUGCAGGACUAUGAAGCGCAUCGAUAG